AUGACGCAGCUGCCAGGCGACGAGGCAUCUGCAUUAAGGGGCGCGCCGGCUCUACCAGCAGCGCUACCGCUGCUAUCUGAAGUGCUCCAACUUCCGCAGCCAGUGUCGAGCCCGCGCCAUUCAGAACAAGCUGACGGGGCAGCUGCAGCUGCGCAACGCAAGUCACAAUCACAAACGCACGUCGUUAAUUUGAGCACGCCUCCUGCCAAUCUGGCCCAGUAUGUGAGAUCGAGUCGCGGCACGGAUCUUGUAUUCUUUGAGGGCAACACCUACACGCCCAACGAGAAGCUGCGCGAGGGGCAAAAAUCACGGGACUGGAAGUGCUCCAUGUACCACAAGGCCAAGUGUCGUGCUCGCCUGAACACGCGGAUCAGCGACCUGGGCGAUCUGAUUCACAUGACCAGCCACAAGCACACGCACACGCCUAUGUAUCUGCUGCAGCAGGAGGGGGCCGCAGGAGAUGCGAGGAAACUGUGCCUCACUCGCAAUCCGCAAUGCGAAGGCCUACGCACCGCCAAGGGUGGCAAAUCAAACUAAUCUUAGGUGGCGAAGACACAAAAUAAAAUACGAGCUCUCUGGCUACCUGACCGUGGAAAUAGUGACCAAUGCGCAGGGAAAGCGCUCGCCGGUCAAGUCCCCUAAACUGCGCUUCAU